UUUUGCUCGCCUGCGCAGUGGGCACCUUACAGUCUCGCCGGCCUGCAGGGAGCGUAGAUCUUCAAGUUUGGCUUUUGCGUUUCGUAUGUGAACAGAUCAGGGUUUCAGAACGCCCCCCUUGCCACCGCUGGCCAUGAUAGUGUUUGUCAGGUUCAACUCCAGCCAUGGUUUCCCAGUGGAGGUUGAUUCAGACACCAGCAUCUUCCAGCUCAAGGAGGCGGUUGCUAAGCGACAGGGAGUUCCAGCUGACCAGUUACGUGUGAUUUUUGCAGGGAAGGAGCUCAGGAAUGACUUGACACUGAAGAACUGUGAUAUACCCCAGCAGAGUAUUGUUCAUAUUAUUCAGAAUCCACAGAAGAGGGAAGAUGAAAAUCCCACUGUCCUUCUACCAUGCAAUGGAAGGGAACCCCAAAGCCUCACUCGUGUGGAUCUGAACACCAACCUUUUGCCUUCUGACUCAUCUGGGCUUGCUGUGAUUUUGGACAACAGAAUUCCUACUGCAUCUGAUAAUUCAGAUGCUGCUAAGUACAGCAGUUUUUAUAUUUUCUGCAAGAGCGUCUGCCAAGCCGUGAAACCUGGAAAACUCCGGGUCCGUUGCAAAACGUGCAAACACGGGACACUGACUUUGGCACAGGAUCCGUCUUGCUGGGAAGAUGUUUUGAUUCCAAACAGCAUCAGUGGUGUUUGUCAUUACCAAAACUGCAGUGGAGAAAUAGCGGAAUUCUACUUUAAAUGUGGAGCACACCCAACCUCUGACAGUGAGACAUCUGUGCCACUGAACCUCAUUACAACAAAUAGUCGGUACAUCUCAUGCAUAACCUGUACAGAUGUUAGGACUCCUGUGUUAGUCUUCCCAUGUAUUCAUCACCAUGUCAUUUGUCUGGACUGUUUUCAUCUCUACUGCGUGACCAUGUUGAACAAUCGCCAGUUUGUCCAUGAUCCUGUCUUUGGGUACUCACUGCCGUGUGUGGCAGGCUGUCCAGAUUCAUUGAUUAAAGAGCUGCAUCAUUUCAGAAUUCUGGGAGAGGAGCAGUACAACCGUUAUCAGCGCUACGGUGCAGAAGAAUAUGUUCUGCAGAUGGGUGGUGUUUUGUGUCCCGCUCCAGGAUGCGGUGCUGGACUGCUUCCUGAACCAGAAAUGAGGAAAAUAGUGUGUGAGCCAAGCAAUGGACUGGGUUGUGGGUUUGUGUUCUGCCGUGAAUGUAAAGAAGAAUACCAUGAAGGGGAAUGCUCUACCUUCUUCAAAAGUCCAGGAGCCAGAGCUCAGAAGGGAUUUGAAAUUGAUGAGCAUGCAGCCAUGCAAGCUCGAUGGGAAGAUGCAUCCAAAGAAACAAUAAAAAGAAUAACUAAACCAUGUCCUAAAUGCCAUGUUCCAGUAGAAAAAGAUGGUGGAUGUAUGCAUAUGAAAUGUCCUCAACCUCAGUGUAAAUUUGAAUGGUGUUGGAAGUGUAGCCUUGAAUGGAACAGAACUUGCAUGGGAGAUCACUGGUUUGACUGAUCUUAAGUAGUCCUACAAACAGCCAAGAAAUUAUAUCAUAAUAUACUGGUGAAACAGAACACUGGAGCACAGCCACAGUUGCUUCAAACAAUAUCAGAUUCUAAACACCUUGCUCCAGCUAUGAAUUUCACAUGAAUCCUGAUUGUGGGGACUAAUUAGGAAGAUAUGAACAAUGGGCUUUUGUGAAUGUAUGUGUUUUUCACAAGCACCACAGAUCUAAACAUAUAUAUAUUCAGAUGGUUAUUAUACCUCUUAAGUCCAACACAGCAUUUAAAAAGUAAUCAGAAGGGUCAGGCUAUCAUUUGUUAGGUACGUUACUGCUUACACUAAGAGAACUCUGUGAUGGUACUUCUUCCCUUGGAAAUUAUGACAUGUCUCCUGCCAGCUUCUCUUUUUAAUUGAUUUAGUCUUUGAUCUGAAAACUAGAUAUCUAUUAUUGGGCAAAAUAAAGAACAAUGCAAAACCAGGCCUCUCAAAGCUAUUCAAACUAUUAUGGUUUAUAUUUAUCAGCAGUUCAGUUUGUGGCUUUGUGUUUGAUGCUUUAGAAUUGUUAAUUUUUAAUUUAUGUAGGAGUAGUCACAAGUGCAGUUACAAGUAAGCAAGAUGAUACAAUACAACUUACCAUCUAAAUCCAGGGCUUUUGAAGCACAGGUUUUUUUUUAUAGUGACCCAAAGUUUUUACUGGACUGAUUUCCAGGCCUAAGUCACAGACAAGAUAAAAAAUAUAUAGAUGCUUGUUUUCUUCUUUGGACCCAGUUAAGAUUAUUUCCCCCUUUGGUAUGUGCAUUCCUAGCAAAUGCUAGAAGAGGUUGACUAAUAUAUACAUUGGAGACUUAGGAAAAGUGUUUCUAUGUCAGCAUCAAUUUGAGCUAUGUGGCACUUUGCUUGGUAUGAAAGAAAUGCCUACAGUUCUACUAGAGUUAUAUCAACAUGUAUACAUGUUUUAUCCAUAAUAAACAUUCUGGUGUUUUCA